AUGUCAGACUCGAAAAUCGACGGCGACGAGAAAAUAAAAUCCGAGUCAUCUGACGAAGACACAUUUAAAUCUAAUUUAUCGGGAUCAUCGCCGUUCACGUCAGUUAAAUUAAAUAUGGCCGUGAACAUCAAAGCACCCCAGUUCAGUACGGAGAAUCCGAAACUGUGGUUUGCGCAGGUUGAGGCGCAGUUUGCAACAUAUCAGGUAGCAACAGACCGCGCAAAAUUUGACCUGGUGAUACCGCUGCUUGAAACCCGCAUCGCUGCUGAAGUACAAGAUACCAUCAUCAAUCCUCCAGCAAACACGCCGUACAGUGAUUUAAAAGCCGCUUUAAUAAAAUGCUUUACGAGAUCCGAAGAAGCACGGAUUACUCAGCUCCUCGACAGAGAGAGACUUGGCGAUCGGACACCUUCGCAACAUUUACGUCAUCUGCGUACACUGGUACCCGGCAUCGAUGACGCCAUCAUCAAAGCACGUUGGUUUUCGCAUAUGCCAAAUGAGUUUCAAGUUUGUUUCGAAGCUAUCAGCGACUCAACGCUUGACAAGCUCGCCGAGUCAGCUGACCGUAUGGUUGAGCGGAUAUCGCUCAAACCUCAAGUUGCCGCUGCUACAGCAAAUCAACCAUCAACCGCCGAGCCCGGCGAGAUUGCUGCACUGCGCAGAGAAAUUGCGCAACUCGCGAAUCAAGUGAAUAACUUGACAGUUAAACGUGGCAGAUCCAGAAGUCGAUCACGAUCACGUGUGUCGAAGAAAUUUGAUCUCUGCUGGUACCAUUACAAGCACGGUAAAAAUGCCCGAUCGUGCAUUCCCGGCUGCAAAUGGCAGGGAAACUUAAACGAGAAUCAGUAG